AUGGCCUUCCUUUUCAAGUCAAAAAAGAACGCGCCACCGCCUGUUGCCAACUCCUCUCUUCCCCCCGCUACUCGUAAUAUUCACACUUCAGAUGGAAGUGCCCCUUCUACCCAGAAUGGUUCAAUAGACAAGUCUACAGAUGGUCGCUCAACCACCUCCCCACCGCCUCUUGCCAACGCCAAUAAUCCAAAUGGCUCAAUCUCAUCAAUGGGCUCUCAGUUGGCAAAUGCGCCAGGUGCUGGCUUUGCUCGCCGUGAGCGCUCAGAAUCCGAGGCUGGAAAUCGUCCCUCCAACCUGACCGCUCCUGCUGGUCAAGUCCCCAAUGCAGCAUUAUAUCCUUGGUCGCAACGGCGGCUCAAUUUCCCUACUCCGCAAUCAAACCCUUUCCCUCGCUAUGGAGCUGCAGUCAAUGCUGUGGCCUCGAAAGAUGGUGACAUCUACAUAAUGGGCGGUUUGAUAAACGGGUCGAUGGUACGAGGGGACCUCUGGAUGGUCGAAUCCGGUGGUGGAAAUCUCUCCUGCUAUCCCAUCGCCACCGUUUCUGAAGGUCCAGGUCCACGAGUUGGUCAUGCGAGUUUACUGGUAGGCAACGCAUAUAUUGUCUAUGGUGGUGACACCAAAAUGGAUGACUCUGAUGUCCUCGAUGAUACACUGUACCUCCUGAAUACUUCUUCCCGCCAAUGGUCACGGGCUUCUCCUCCUGGGCCAAAGCCCGCCGGGAGAUAUGGUCACACUCUGAAUAUCCUGGGUUCAAAAAUUUAUAUAUUUGGUGGCCAAGUCGAAGGAUUCUUCUUCAACGACCUGGUUGCUUUUGAUUUAAAUGCCCUUCAAAAUCCCGCAAACCAAUGGGAGUUUCUGAUUCCGAACUCCAGUGAGACCGACAACAUGACCUCAUCUGGCAAGGCGCCUCCUGCCCGAACAAAUCACACGGUCAUUAGCUACAAUGAUCAACUAUUUCUCUUUGGCGGCACAAAUGGUACACAAUGGUUCAACGACGUCUGGACAUAUAGCCCUGCCACCAACUCCUGGACACAACAAGAUUGUAUUGGGUACAUUCCAGCCCCGCGAGAGGGCCACUCUGCCGCCUUGGUCAACGAUGUCAUGUAUAUCUUUGGUGGUAGAACUGAAGAGGGUACCGACUUGGGUGAUCUUGCCGCAUUCCGAAUUCCUUCUAAGAGAUGGUAUACUUUUCAAAACAUGGGCCCAUCUCCAUCCUCCAGGUCCGGACACAGCAUGACGGCUUAUCGCGACAAGAUCAUCGUUCUUGCUGGCGAACCCAGUUCAGCACCCCGUGAUCCCAGCGAAUUGAGCAUGGUCUAUGUUCUUGACACGGCGAAGAUCCGAUAUCCCAAUGAUGCGCCAGGAGAUGGCAAAGCGCCCACCAGUCCAACAAGACGGCCGAGUACUGAUGUUAAAAACAACGGACCUCCCAUCAGAUCGACUUCUAGAGAAGGACAGAUGGGUCAAGCCUCAUCCCGUGAUCAAUUCUCCGGUGGCCCAGUCCAGCGGCCCGAUCCAUCUCAAAACAAUACAGGUUCACGACUACCCCGUGCUUCCAUGGCACAAGCCCCCGCCGGGCCUCCUCCUCAAGGUCAACCGCCCAAUCCCCGUGCUAAUGGUGUACAAUCUCCUGCAAAUGGCAUCAAAAGUCGACAGAAUGGAGGUCCAACUGAAGCUAGAGGCCCGUCAGCUGGGCCAGACUCAAUUCGAACCGUGCCUGCAGAUCAGCCACCAGCGCAAGCUGCUGGUGUGAGGGAUAUCCAGAAAGAAAAUUCACGCCCCAGCAGGGAAGCUAGCCCCAGUACACAAGGUCGAAGAACGCCCAUCCAACGUACUGACAGCAGGGCAAAAGCUAUGGCUAUGGAUGCCGGUGAGGCUGCUCCUUUGGUGAGCAGCGGUGUCGCCAGACAGCGUUCCCUUCGAUCGCAGCGAGCUCAGAGCUCCAUUGACAGCACAGAAGAUGGUGCACUCGGACGCUCCUCAUCUGCCAAACACCAUGGUGAUUUCCAAUCCGACAAUCGAAGUCUGCGAAGCGUUCCAGAUGAGCCAAAGUCACCCAAAAUGAACGCACACCAAGAAGCGCUUCUGAAAGAAUUGGAUACGAUGAAAAAGACCAACGCUUGGUACGCUUCAGAACUCGCACUGGCUCGGAAGCAAGGAUAUCAAAGUGGCACUUCAUCUAGCCCAGCGUUUGAUGAACGUGUUGUUGGCCAAGUCGCUGACGACGACCGUCCCUUGGUGGAAGCAUUUAUGACCAUGCGUGGUGAAAUAAUGAAGAUGCAAGAAGCUAUGGAACAGCAAGCCUCAACCAUGGCCCGGAAAGUGGCUGAAGUCGAGCAUCAACGCGAUGCUGCCGUCACAGAAGCUGCAUACGCAAGGGCCAAACUGGCUGCACAUGGUGGUAGUACACGAAGUACCCCUCAGCCUGAUGCUUCCCGCGAUCCUGACGAGCAAGAACGAUUCACCGACCUCACAAGAAGGCUUGCAUUAGCUCUGGCGGCGCAGUCAGAGCACAAAGCGAAAAUAGACUCUUUGUACAAUGAACUUACUGCAGAGAAAAGAGCCAGAGAACUUGCCGAGCAAUCGAGCGAUGCACUUCAGCAACGGUAUGAUGAGCUGAACAACGGUCGAAACCCCGCAGAACUCGAAGGCCUCCGUGCAGAGUUACACGAAGCGCAGAGCGAAGCUCGAGCAGAAGCUUCACGACGAAUGGAAAUCGAGGAAGAACUCCGGACGCUACGAGUUGAACAUGGCGGGCUGAAUAGAAAUCAUCAAGAGGCCAGUUCUCGACUAGCGAGCCACACGGCUACAAUGGCUGCUUUGGAAGCUGCAGUAGCAGCCUCGUCAGGCAAAGUUUCAUUGUAUGAGCGCCAAAUCGAAGAAGAGCGUCAGUCAAGGGAAGCCUCUGAGAGAAAGCUGGCUGCACUCAAAGGCGAGCACGAGGAGCGCACCAACGAAUUGGAGAAUAUGACAAAGCGCCUUCGAGAUGCAGAAGAGCUUGCAGAAACGAACGCAAAGGAGGCAUCAACUCAUCGAAACGCUCUGCUUGCAGGUCUCGCUAAGAUUUCAAGUCAGGAUUCGUUAUCCCGGAGUGAUUCUAUGGCGGACGAGAAGAUGGCUGCUCUACGAGAAUCUGCUGAACAAGCAUCGCAAUUGGCAAAGAGAAAUAAGGAUGCCGCCGAUGCCGCUUCUCAAAAACUUCGCAGUGCAGAGGAGCGCAUUGCUGGUCUUGAGGCUUACCAAGAACAGUCCAGUCGUGAAGGUCUUCAGAUUCGCCGUCAAUUGCAAGCAGCUCUGAGAGAUGCCCAAACCCAUCAACAAGAGAUCCGAGAAGUGCGUGCAAAUCUGGAGAUCAACCAGAGAGAUGCUAGUGCUCUAGCUGUUCAACACAGUGCGCUCAAGGAUCUCCUUGGCGAGAGAGGCAUCAAUGCAUCAGACGUUAGACGGUCCCCCAUCUUUGACCAUUCGCCAAGCUCGCGUUUCGGUACGCCCGAGCAAAGCCGCCUUCGCGAGCUUGAUCAACAACUUCAAAGUAGUAUCAAGUCCCAUGAAGAGACCAAGUCACAAUUCGAGGCUCGGAUGCAAGAGGCAGACAGUACCUACAAAGAAAAACUCGAGCAACUUGAGAAUGAUUACCAAUCUGCAGUGCAUUACGUCAAGGGCACCGAGAAGAUGUUGAAGAAGAUGAAAGAAGAGCUCACCAAAUACAAACAGCAGAACUCGCAACUGACCACUGAGCUGGAAGCCACCAAGAGUGCCAGCACAACUGCAACUGAAGGAGAUAAUACAGUAUGGGCAGCUGAGCGAAAACAAUUACAAACCUCAAUUGAUGAGAUGAAGACGCAAACCACUCAGCAUAUUACAUUACUGGAGACAAAUAUCGCCAAGCUACGAAGCGAGCUAAGCACUAUCCAAAGUCAGAGGGAACAACAAGCGGUCAGUCACGCAGAGCUCACUCGCAAUUCCCAACGUAUUGCGAAGGAAUUGGAAGACCUGAAAUCCGAAAAUUCGAUGCUUGAGCAACGUGCAGAAGAGGCUGAACAUCGAGUCACGAUGCUGUUGGAUCAAGUUGGUCAAUCUGUGGGCAACUAUCGUCGACAAUCGCAACUGCAGCCCUUGCCUCAUGGUCUCAACAGCAUCAGCCAUAAUCGAGAUGAGAGCACUUCGACUCUAACUGAUGCAUCGGUGAACGAUGAGACCAUAUCACGAGAUGAGCGUGGAUCUGUUGCGUUGGACAACUUGGCCUCUGAAUUGGAGACCCUGAGGUCACAAUGGGAGAACACCAGUCGCAGUAAUUAUCGACUCAGUACACAAUUCGAUUCGGAAAGGACUCCGACCACCGAGACUCAUGGAGCUGAGAUGAGUGACAGUUUGGCGGAUUGGAGGAGGCGUUUGGAGGAGGAAGAAAAGACUGCCAGGAGAACACCAGUGUCGUGA